GCGCAGAGUAAGACUCCAAGGGCUCCAAUAAGGGCUACUUUUAGCUCAGCUAAUGUGUAAAACUCUAAAGGUCCAAAGCAGAUUUACCUGUUCUAAUUUAAUGUUCACUUCACCUUAUUAUUCAGAGAGAAAAGCAAAACAAUUGCAAUGAUGAUUACAGGUAUAAAAUGAUUAGCAAUCAAUUGACAAGUUCUAAGCACCAAGGAUCAUGGGAUCAAUGGAUGAAAUGUGAAGCUGUUCUAUAUUGUACUCUAAUCCCUGCUGCCAUAUACUCCUGUAGAAUUACCAGUUCACAUUCCCACUGCCAUAUUGAUUUGACAUGUUUAUUUCAACUCCACAACAAAUGCAAAUAAAACAGCAGGAGGAGCAAAGGGUCAGAGGCAAAGGGUGGAGGUUUUAAGGCUUGCAGAACAGGCAGAGCAGGGGACAAGGAGCAGGCAGAGCCUGCACAUCCAAACAUCUGCUGCUCCCGAUGAUUAAGACGCAGGCUCCAGACUCAGCUAUUAAACCGUCAGCUGUGAGCAUAAUGAGGCAGACAAGGCCGCUGAGGACAGUCAUCCUGCGCAGAGUCUAUUUUGCAUUUCCCGUGAUCUUCAGGCGGGCCGCAAUGUGAUCAGUCUCAGCCAGGUGGCCAGACAGAAUGUGAACAAAAUACCGGGAGGAACCACAGUAAUUACAGUACAGCACAAGACGGAUCUCUGAAGUAUUUACUAGAAAACAGGCUGACAACAGACAAGGUAUUGUCUAACCACUUUUUAAUAAAGCUCACUCGAAACUCGAAACAGCCGUGGGAUUUGGUAAAUAAUGUGGGGUGUGCAGGGGAAUCAGGCUUCCAGUAAGUCAAGGUAAUGGUUAAAGGGUUUGAACUGACACAGCACUUCGAAGUAUUUGAACUGGAUGGGUGUUUGCAUUGGGAAAUGCAUCAAAGUUCACUUUACGCUACUGGAUUUUGCCUUGGGGUGGAAAACAGAUACAGCACAACAGCUGCCAUCAGUGCAGAGGUAAGCCUUGAUGCAGCUUCGCACAUCUCCCACACUGGUUUCCAGAGGUACAAGCUAACAAACAGAGCUGACUUUUUCAGCUCCCAUGAUGUGGUUUCUCAAAGUUGUGGCAGCAUCAUGCCUCCUGCUGUCCCCAAGUUACGCGGGGAUCAAGGACAUCAAGCUGCACUUUGACUUCAUGGAGCAGAAUCAGUCGCAGCCCGUGGAUCCUCGGAGUCUCACUGAGGGCAAGGUGCUGGAUGCAGAAGCCAUCCCGCUGGACUAUCAUAAGGAGAACACCGUCACAAACGACCUAGCAUUUGAUGGGUUUGAGGAUGAGGACUACAUAGACUUUGACAAAAUCCUGUCAGAAGAUGACUACAGCGAGGGUGACGAAAUCGAUGACAUCACCAUCCCAGACACAGAGAUCUCCAAUGAGCCUUCUGACCCCAAGGUCCGUCGGGCCCGACUUUUGCAUCUCUUUAACGGGAGGUCUCGCAUUGAGCGGCUCAACAUCGUAAACGCCCGCUUUGGCUUUAGCCUCUACCGGAGCUUGCGUAACCACAUCAACCAGACAGACAACAUCCUGUUGGCCCCAGUGGGCAUUUCCAUAGCCAUGGGCAUGAUGGACCUUGGCACAGGGCCUAGCACCCAUGAGCAACUCUCCAAGACCCUCGGUUUUGCCGACUUUGUCAAUGCCAGCGUGCACUACGAGGACAUCACAGUCCACAAGCUCUUCCUUAAGCUCACCCAUCGUCUCUUCCGGCGGAAUUUCGGCUAUGUGCUACGCUCUGUCAACGAUCUCUAUGUCAAGAGGGAUAUAACCUUGGAAGAGCCGUUCAGGAAGGAUAUGAAGACAUAUUAUUUUGCUGAGCCACAAACGGUGGACUUCAAAGACCCAGCCUUCCUGGGAAUGGCUAACCGGCGUAUCCAGAAGCUGACCAAGGGCUUGAUCAACAUGCCUCUUAAGAGCGUGGAUCCCAACAUGGUGAUGAUGCUCCUGAACUACAUCUAUUUCAAAGGCAACUGGGAACAAAAAUUCUCAAAGGAUGCGACAUACUACCGGAACUUCCACAUCAGCGAGAGGAAGUAUGUGAGGGUCCCCAUGAUGCAGAACCGGGGCAACUACCAGGCAGCUGCUGAUCACGAGCUGCAGUGUGAUGUCCUGCAGAUGCCGUACAUUGGCAACAUCAGCAUGCUGGUAGCUCUACCACGCAAGAUCAGUGGCAUGCGCAAUUUGGAGAAGGAAAUCUCGCCAUCCGUGAUUAAAAGGUGGAUGAGCAACAUGACCAACCGAACACGGGAAGUUGUUUUUCCUAAAUUUACUCUGGAGCAAAAUUAUGAUCUGAUUGAAAAUCUCAAAGAGAUGGGAGUCAAGGACCUAUUUGGAGAGACAGGAGACUUUUCAAAGAUGACAUCUGAGAAAAUUAUGAUCAACUGGUUCAAACACCAGGGAACAAUCACCGUGAACGAAGAAGGCACACAGGCAGCAUCGGUGACACACGUUGGCUUCAUGCCGCUGUCCUCGCAAAUCCGCUUUGUGGUGGACCGCCCAUUCCUCUUCCUCAUCUAUGAGCAUCGCACCAACUGCCUGCUCUUCAUCGGUCGGGUGGUGGACCCCUCCAAGAACUAGCUGCAACCUUCCAACAUCACCCUCCAGCCCCUUUACGCUUAACUGGCAACCAUCACAGCCUGCUGGCAAUCUUGCCUGAGAGUAAGGUGACAAGUUUCUCAAUUCUCAAAGCACCUCAUGCUAGGAGCUAAUAAAAGAGCCACAGUGCAAAACACUCUGGGAGCAGGAGUUCAACAAUGACCUAGUCAAUGUCAUACAAUUUUUACCAAUGUAGUAAAAAGAAAGUAUCGUGCAGGACAAAUGUGUUGAUUCAGUUACUUUAUGUCUAGAAAUAACUGCAUUUGUUCUGUAUGUUGUAUAAGCAGAUUUAAGGAUUUUAAUAUAAACUGUGUAUAUAAAAUAAUAGAAUUACAAAUCUUUAAACUAAAUGUUUUGUGAAAUGCAUAUAUAUCCCAGCAAUAAACAAUAGCCAUUA